CGCGUCGUUUAGUAAAAAAAUAGGCGGGACUUAGCGUUAACGUGUCUUCUUCUAUGGUUAGAACCCGGUGGCACUUCCGGCUGCAUCGUCCUCUGGAAAUCACGACCAUGGGCAGUGUUUUGGCUGCCAGCUCCCCCAACCCACCCCCGGCCUCUGGUGCCGCCGGCCCGGGGCUGACAGUGCCACCGGGUUUCGGCAUGCCCCCGGUGUCCCCAGUCAUCUCCCCUGCUGGCUCGGCCUCGGGCCAGCAGCCGGAGGCAGAAAGUUCUCUGCCCAACCCGGGCGCGUUCGAGGAGUGUCAUCGCAAAUGCAAAGAGGUGUUCCCUAUGCAGAUGGAGGGCGUCAGGCUAAUCGUCAAUAAGGGCCUUAGUAAUCACUUCCAGGUGAACCAUACUGUGAUGCUGAGCACCCUGGGAGAUUCCAGCUACAGGUUUGGUGCCACCUACGUCGGCUCGAAGCAGACGGGUCCAGCAGAGUCGUUUCCAGUCAUGGUGGGAGACAUGGACAACAGCGGCAGCCUUAAUGCCCAGGUCAUCCACCAGCUCACUGACAGGAUACGAUCCAAGGUGGCCUUCCAGACACAACAGCAGAAGUUUGUGAACUGGCAAGGCGAUGCCGAGUUCAGGGGAGAGGAUUUCACUGCUGCUGUUACUCUCGGAAACCCAGAUGUUGUUGUAGGCUCCGGUAUUGUUGUAGCUCACUACCUCCAGUCCAUCACCCCGGCCCUGGCACUGGGAGGGGAGCUGGUUUACCACCGCCGGCCGGGAGAGGAGGGCACCGUCAUGUCUCUAGCCGGCAGGUACACAGGCAGUAACUACAUCGCCACACUGACAUUAGGGGGCGCAGGAGCUCACGCCUCAUACUACCACAAAGCUAAUGACCAGCUGCAGGUCGGCGUGGAGUUUGAGGCGAGCACCCGUAUGCAAGACACUAGUGUAUCAUUUGGCUACCAGCUAGAUGUCCCUAAAGCCAAUUUACAAUUCAAAGGAUCACUAGAUAGUAACUGGGUAGUCGGUGCUACGUUAGAAAAGAAGUUGCUCCCCCUGCCGCUCUCGCUGGUCCUCUGCUCCUUCCUCAACCACCGCAAGAACAAGUUCCAGUGCGGUUUCGGCGUCACCAUCGGAUAGACGGACUGGAAGCGAGGGGGUCUCGGCCCCCAGGCGGACCUCGCAGAGUGGACACAAGCUGUGGACAACCAGACUAUGCCAUGUACGCACCUCAGCAUCGCAUCACCUCCAUUUGUCUCAUCUCUUAGGGAAAAAAAAAAGCAAAACAGAUUGGCUCUUCAUCAUGUUAUCAGUUCCCCCGGUUGUUUGAGUGAUGCUACAUAAUAUGUGGUUUAACGGAAUCACUGGAACGUAAUUAUGUAAAUAAAAUGCAUCUAGUCGUGUUAAAUUAAUCACCAAAUUAAUCGAGUUAAUUGUAAGAAUGUUGUUUGUCAGACUCUGGUGAUGACGGUCGACUGUGGACUUCAACACAAGAACAUCAGCCAGUAGGCGGUAGACGGACGUGAACACACAUCUGUUGUCAGGAGGCGCUGCUGAAUUCCAGUUACGUUUGUUUUUAUCACUUGAAUCAGUGCCUGUCGCAUUUGGUUUUGCUGUUUUUGAAUUUUAUGCGUUUUUGUACUGUAAAGUCAGUCUCUGCGUGAAGUGGAUGAAAUUGUCCUCAUUUGCUUGUCCAUGGUGGGGAUUUUCUCAGUUACAGGCAGGGGUUGUAGUCCCAGGACGGAGUGUACGUCACGGCUCACAAUUCAUCGUUUUGUUUUGUCGCCUUUUUUAUGGUACAUAUAUAUGGAUCAGCAUAUUACCUGUAUAUAUCUCUUGGAACUGAUAAAUUCCAUUUCUUACAAAAA